UUUCCGCUGCUCUCAUGCCGCUCGGACCUCAUAUCGCGCUUUCUGCAGGGACACUACUCAGCCUGCAGCAGACGAAACCGACUUAUCAAGUAAUAGACAAUAAGACCUGCAAUUGACUGGGCGCUCAGGGCUGUUCCCACCGCUAGCAUUUGAACAGCUGGCAGUAUGCAAAGCUCGCUUGAGCCGGUGCAAACGCUAAGAUGUCAUGACCCUCUUGAAGCCAGCCGCCAUGGUCGAGGGAGGCCAAGACAGAACAAGGCGCUGUCUAAGCGUAAGAGCUCGGACUUUCUGCUGGAGGCGGCGCCGCAUCGACAGCGGCUUAAGAGCAGGAGUAAGACCAACGGCUGGAGACCCGACUUUUGUCCUCUACCAGAGAAUGUUAUGCAGUUCACGAUAUUGAAUCACAGCACACAAAAGGCCUUUGAAUUCUCAUUAGACACACAAUGGGCGUACAGGGGAACAAAGCGCUGUCGUCUGGGGACUGACGUGGAGGGCCCCAACACGGCCACCAUCAGUCGCAAGAAGCGUCGCCUAAGGACGCAGCUCAUCACCAGCAGGCUAUCUCAGCCUUUCUCCCAGCCUGCCACGCACAUCUUGAACCGAAAUGGGAGGCAGGUUGGCGAUCGGCGGUUUGUGAAGAUGGCCAUCACGCUUGAUUCCAGCAGACGGGCUGCGCAUUUGCAGGAGACGGCGUACUUGCGAUAUUCGAUUAUGAACUGUAUGCGGAAGAGGAUGGGUAUCGCGAGAUCUCAGGACUCGGGGAAGACAGGCCAAGGAGGCACGGUACGGCAAAGCAUGGAUACCUAUGCCAAGGCGCCAUGGCAAUCCCGAGAAAUGGAGUCGGCUCCCGAAGCAAAGGCAAGGUCUCUUGAGACUGGUCACAAGGCAGGGCUGGGUUCACAAGUGGCGUCGAAGGAGUUCUCUGAUAUCCAGUCUGCCGAGACACUCGUCAAGGCCCCAGCCUGUCGCCUGUCGAAGCCCAUAGCUCUGCCGCUUCCCUCUGCUGAUGCCGAUGCCACGAAUGACCGCAGCUCGGCUCGUAUCGACUCGACAAAGUCACCAGAGCCAAGGCCACCGCUCUCGUGGAUGUAUGACGACUGCGAGGAAGACAGCUUUGCCUUCCUCCAUCUGGACGAGGAGCAUCUGGACGACGAUGAUUCGGACGUGUAUUGCGACUUUGACGCCUUAUUCGGGGCCAAGGCGACUUCACCUGACCCCCAGUCCCCUUCGGAAGAGCAUACAUAUGAGGAGUACAUGGAUGAAUUAGACGGAAUUUCUUGGAGGGUAGGCUGAUAUUUGCUUUUUUUUUUCUCCCGUAUCGCUUUGCGUGCUUUCACUUUUCUAGAGACAAGAGACGGUGGAAAAUCUUGAAAAGAACUUGCAUGCCCGGAAGUCACUUUGUAUUUUUCUUUUAAAGGGCGGGGGGCUGGAAAAUUACUGUAUAUUUAUUCGCAUGGCUUGGCUGUUGCUCAAGCCAAGGAUGGGCUGCAUGGCUUUUUAGGGGGGGAGGCGUUCUUUUUUGUUGGAUGAAUGUAAAGGCUAUGGGCGUUGGCGGCGGGGACCCAGACAGUAUUAUGUCCCCCGGAAAUGUAAUAAGCUAGGAAGUUAUGAUAUCAAAUAUCCCACCAAUGCAUAUAGUGUGUAUAAUAAUCGUUUUUUCAGAAUCAGUUGCCGUUGGAUUGCUUGCGGUUAGUAUCUUCGGGGAGCUUGGAGGCCCUGGCUUUUGCGAUAUCGCACAUGGCCUUUUUGU